AAGGGGAGCAACUGUGUGGUUGCGUGUGACGUCAGCCGCUAUGGUCUGUAAAGUAUCGCUCGAAUGGCCUGUGUUUUCCCUUGCUGUUGCGGGCGUUAUGUUUACAGAGAACAUGUGAACAGCGCUAUGAACGGCAUGCCUGAAGCCGAUCCACUUACUUUUAAGCCACCAGACUGGAAAAAUUAUGUCCAACACUUUGGAUGCCUUUACAAAAGGCCCGUAGGGCACCAGUCGACCAAGUGGUCGAAAAGAUUUUUUAUCCUAAAAGAUGGUUACUUGCUAUAUUAUCCAGAGAAUGAAAAGAAAGAGAUUGAUAAGCGACAACACCUAAACAUACAUCCAAAGGGUAUCGUCCCCUUAGGUGACUGUCAGGUGAAUGCCACUCAAGAUCCAUCGCAUCAAUUUGCUUUCAUUGUCAGCAGUGCACAAAUAAAUGGUCGUAUUAUUUUAGCAGCCGAAAAUGAAUUUGAACGAAACCGAUGGGUCGAAAUGCUUAGAAAAUCAAGCCAGGUUACAUGGAAAUGUUUACAGUUGGGCAACCUAAUGAUUAAACAAUUAGAAACACAAGGCCAACAAAUGGCUCAUGAUAAACAGACCUAUUAUGAUCGGCUACAAAAUGAAGUGAUUGCAUUGUCGGAUACUAAACAAAGGGCAGAUGAACUGGAACGGUUAAAUGAAGAACUUGCUAAAGAGAAGAGUCGGAUGGAGCAACUAUUAAAAGACAUGGAAGACGACUAUCAGUGUGUGAAAGAAGAAUUAAUGGAAACAUCAACAGCCAUGGCUGAACUAGAGACAAAUAGUUCUGAAUUGUUAGGAACUUUGGAUCAACAAAAAUCAGAAUUACUGAUAUUGGCAUCCGAAAGAGAGAAAAUUCUAAAUGUUUUAAAAGAGAAAGAAGGAGAGACUGAGACACUAUCAAAGAAAAAUGAGACAUUGGCACAGACCACAGCAAACCUUCGGCAUACCCUAGAAACUAUAGAACUGAAAACUAAAGAACUCUUAUAUGAGAAAGCAGAAGCAGAGAAACAAUUGUCUGAAAAUGAUGAACGAACUUCUCAGUUGAAAGCUGAAAAGGAAUAUUUCAGUGACCAAGCUCACUCAAUGCAAGCUACUAUUUUGGAUUUAAACGCACAGAAAGAAUUGACAGAAUCUGAACUUAGGGAAGAAAUUUUGGCUCGGAUUGAUGCCGAGAGGAGGCUAAGAAAGGCCGAACAGUCAUUGCAAUACCUUGAUCAGGCAGUUACAGCCGAAACUGAAAACAUAGAAGAGGGAGUUCGAGAAGGCAUGAUAGUCAAUGUUGGAAUGUUAAAAACUUUCUUUGAGGAUCUUGCAGCAGAAUCCAAGAUUGAUGCCAACAAACCAAUUGUGAUAAAAAACAUGGUCCAUGCUCGGAAAACAUUAACAAGGAAGGCAAACACACUAAAAUUUGAAAAGAGAAGAAGAUCAUGUAGUGAUGCUCUACUGAAAAUGUAUAGGAGGUCUCAACCAGUUUUCUCUAAGAAUAUAUAUGAAUCUUCAGAAAACCGUCCUAGUUCUUUAGUACUCGAUGAUGAAGACGGCAAAACAAGAAACCCGAUCCGUCGAGCCAAAACUUCAGUAACGCAAUCUUCAAAAUACUUAGCUAAAGACACCAAUAAUUCUGAUAACCUCUUACAGCCUUUAAUGAAUGAUGAAUGUGUGCUUUCCGAACGUAUGUGAUUCACAAAGAGAUGUUUCUAUAUACGACCAACAUUUCCAACAUCUAUCAGCAGACGCACCUAAAUAAUCAGACUCUGGUGUUUGUUAAUUAAUAACUCCUCCAUACCAAUUAUGCCCAUCUCAUAAUUACAUUCAUGUAAUAUAUUUAACUGAAAAAGCAAAAAAAAAAUUUAAUGACAACAGUAAUUAUAAUACUAUUACUGUUAUAUUUAAACAAGUUCUAUCCCUUUCUCUUUCUCCUUCCCCCUUUUUUUCUCUUUUUUAAAAAAAUUCUUUGGUUUUUCUAGGGAUUUUUUUUUUUUUCAAUUUUUUAAGAAAUAAUUUACAUAGGGAAGGAAAACUAUUGUUGUUAUUGCUGACAUUUGACAUCUUUGUUUUUUGAUUCCUUAAUGUCCACAUAAUAGUGUUAAUAUAAGUUAUAUUUCCGAAUGUCCAAAAGAAAAAAAAAUAUAUUCUAAAAUUCAAAAAUGGGUUCCUUGGAUGGAAUUAUUAAAUGAGUGCCAACAUGUUUUAGAAGUCCAUCUGGUUAAAUUAGAAAAAUUUCUUUAUGGAAGCACAAAGUCUUCAUAUUCACAGAAGUGAGGAAAUGGGAUUAUUAUACAUUCAUACCUUUCUCAGGGAUAGAUAGGUGGCAUUUAUCUGCGCCUCAAGGUGAUUAGCAGUGACAAUAUAAGUGAAAUAACUACUCCUGUCAGUUUAACCCCAAUAUAUUACUGCUAUAACUCAAUGAGAGUUUAUCACUGCAGUACAUUCCUUGUAAAUAUAAUAAAGAAAUGAGUGAAUACAGGAUAAUUAACCAGUGUAUUAUUAACUAUUAAUUAGACACAUUACUAAGCAAAAAAGAUUUUCAUUUCUUAGAUGAAAAAGGAAAACUUAUAUAUUAAAUGAUUUUAGAAAUAGCAAAUUUAGAAUAAUUAUAAUAAUGACCUUAUUGUAUACAAUGUUCGGGGGAACUACAACUGCUUGGAUGCAGGAUAUUGUAAGAUGGCUUAUAGUGUUGAAUUAGAUGGAAGGAAGAAUUGGUAAAAUUGGUACAGUAUUGGUAUAAGAUAAAAAUAGCUUAUAGUACUUGAUUGUGUUUUUUUUUUAUAUUUUAUAUUUCUGAAUUCAUGAUCCACCCAGGUCAACUUUGAUCAUCCAUCUUCCCGAGAUUGAUAGAAAUUAAUACCAGACAGGUAUUGAGGUUGAUAUAUGAUCAACAGUGUCCUUGAAAGUUGUGCCCCAGCAUGGCCACAAUCUGAAAACUGAAAGAAAGUAGAACAAAAGGAAAAGUUAAAUAAGUUGAAAAUGUUUUUACACCGCCAUUAAAAUGUUACUUAAAAAACCAGCAAUUUUUGUAAUUGCAAUUUAAUUUUAGUAGUUAUUGUUAUGAUUCUUGUUGAUUACCAUUUAUUCUUUUUUUUUAUAUUUAUCUAACCCUUUCAUUAAUGUAUUUCUCUCAACUACUCUGCCUUGUAUCAAUUAAAAUAAUUAUGUAUUUAGUGAAAUAACUUAGUCAUUACUAAGCUGGUAUUUGGAACAUAAAUUAACAUGAAAUUUUGAUGGAAGGCUUUUAAUUUAGAUCUCUUUAAAACAGGAUAUUUGUAUCAUAGAACCAGAGUCAGUCUUAGAUUGGUUGGUAUUGAAAGGGUUAACUAUUGAAUAUCAACCAAAAUAUCAAAUACUGAGUCUUUCAUCUCGUUAAGGGACUGUUCAGAUAAAUAUGCAUAAUUGCUAACUCAUUAAAUUGGAGACAUUCUCUCCUAAGAUUUCCUUAAAAUAAAAUAAAAAUUAUUAUAAUUAUUAUCUUUCUCAUCAAGGCAGCAUGCUGGCAGAAUUGUUAGAGUACCAGAAGUAAUGCUUUGUGGUGUUCAUUCCAACUCUUUACAUUCUGAGUUCAAAUGCUGCCAAGUACCAGUUAAGCACUGAGUCGAUGUACUCAACUUACCAUCUCCCCAUAAAAAACUGCUGGCCUUGUGCCAAAAUUAGAAAGAAGUAAAGGCAGUGAGGUGGCAGAAUUGUUGCCAGAUAAAAUGCUUUGUGGUUUUUCUUCUAGCAUUUUACAUUCUGAGUUCAAAUUCUACCAAGGUUGACUUUGUCAUUCUUUUGGAGGUGAUAAGUAAGUACCAGUGAGUUCUGGGGCCAAUGGUAAUAAUUUACCCGGCUCUCAUAAAAUUGCAGGCCUUAUGCUAAGAUUAGAAUUAUUAUCAUUGUGAAGGUCUAUCGAUGGCUGAAUAGAGCAACAGAUAAAAAUACCAUGUGAUGCUGUGUAGGAUUGCAGACAGCAGAAUAAAGCAGCAGGUGAAAUACCUUGUGGUAUUGUGUAGGGCUGUGGGUCGUACAAUAGAGCAACAGAUGACAUUGUGUAGAGCUGUGGUUGGGCAGUAGUUAGAGCAAUAGAUAGAAUACUGGGUCUUACUUAGUUACAUUCUUUUAAGUUCUCAGUUCAAAUCACACUGAGACCAACUCUAAGUACUUGAACUGCUUUGAGUCCUUCAGCACUCAAUAUAUACCAAUACUAUAUAGUAAUCAAUUUCAUUGAUCACCUUUUAUCUUUAAAAAAAUUUGGCCAUUAUUAUCGUCUAAGACAUUAACACACAUAACAUAUCAGGCUUAUAUAUAUAUAUAUAUAUAUAUAUAUAAAUUCUGUUUCAAGCAGCUUGAAAUGGUCGUACUACAUCACUUCUUAAUAUUUUAUUGCUUAUUUUGAUUUUAUUCACCUUCAAGCUAUUCGGAUAACACCAGACUGACUUGGUGCUUCAAGUACAUAAUUCAACUGAAUCUCAAUUUUUUCUGUAUAAAUAUAUAUUUACCGGGCAGUUGAUUGGCAGAAGCAUAUCUGCAUUGACCUUGUUGUAUUUGCUUGUACCCUUUUAUGCUUCAAGUUCAAAUCUCACCAAGGUCAGCUUUGCUUUAUAUCUUUUUACAGUUGAUAAAAAUAAAGCACCAAUAAAGCUUGGGGCAAUUUAAUUGAUUUACUGCUCAUGACAAAAAUAUUAGUGGCCUUGUACCUAUGUUAGGAUUUAUUAUUAUUAUUACUACUACUACUACUACUACUACAAAUGUCCCAUAGAAAUUGGCAAGUUGACAGUGAGCUGAAUCUGUGACCUACUUUCAGUUCUUGAUUGAAGUCUAAUCACUUAUAUUACUUACCAUUCUUGAGAUAAGCAUGAAUGUUACAACUUCACAUUUUCCCUGCCUGUGUAAAUAUUGAGUCCUUGUGCUUCAUCAAAAGAAAUCUUUUUUUUUCUUUUUUUGGUUGAUGGUUCUUUUUACUCGAGUCGGUGUGUAUCUGCGUUUUACAAUAGGUACACCUUAUCCCUGUAUGCUGUAACUAAAAGAAUUAGUGACAGGAAGGGCAUCCAACUGUAAAACACUACCUCAAAAAAGAGGACCAUGAUGGCAAUAAUUGAACUGUUAUAAGGUCCACAAGGUUAGACUCUACUUUAACUAGGAAAAUGACCUUAAAACAUUUGUUGAUCUUUUAUUUGAGACAGUUGUUGGGAUGGAGUACGUUAUAGACUUUCAUACUGGACAAUUUACCAUAUCUAAUUUUAAUAACCCAUUGUUUUUAGUUCAGGUCUCUUGGUGUCAUUUAACUAAGUACAAAUACUGGAGAUCAGUUAAACUGUUUAUAACACCUUGCACCCUGCCACUUACAAAAAAAUUAAAAAAUUAAAAAAAUAAUUCUGGCCUUACUUUAAGCUAAAAUAAACCUAUAUCUUUUCUGGAAGACAUGUUGGGUAAAUGAUAAAUUUCUGACCCCUUAUUUGUGGAUUUGUUUUCUACAGCAAGCAUUGUGCUGUAUAUUUUGCAAACCACUGGAUUCUACUUCUAUGAGGUUUCAAUGGAGUCUAAAAAUGCUGACAGCCAGCUUCAAGAUGCCCUCUGGGCUGUAAACUUCAAGAUCAACCUCACCUGGUGGUUGCAGAUGCUCUUCCAAAGCACAAUCACAUAAAUAGCAGUUAUGAAUUAUCUCCCUUAUCUCUAACCUCAUUUUGAUCCUGACUCUUGCCUAGAUGUAAUCCCUAUUUCCUCCUUUCAAAUCCUCCAUCUGAUGCAAACAUGACGGUGUAACAACAAUGACCACCAUACACCUGUGUGCAGCAGAGCUGCAAAAACAAGAAAAGAGAGGAAAAAGAUUCUGUGCCUAAUUAAGAAAUCAUUUUGACAAUUAUUUCUCUGCUAAUUUUAUCAUAAUUGUUCACUGUAUGUCGAAGUGUGCAGUGUGGUCCUCAGAUAAGAAGAGACCUAAUAAUUCUAAAAUGGAUCUGUGAAUCAGUCACUUGACCAACUAACUGCAAGUUAUAGGUCUGCAAAAACAGAUCUGAGCAGCAACUAUACAACAAUAACAACAAGAUUUGUUUCCUACCCAUUUAACAUUGGGUUGCUCUAUACCAACAAACACUGUAGACUGGUUGAGUGUCUGACUAAAACACUGUACAGUUGUAUAUGCAUCUCUUUAAGUCUUGUGUUGACUUUGUCUGUCAAUAAAAUAAGUACCAGUCAUGUACUGGGGUCACUUCAAUCAACUAUAUUACCCUCCAUCCCAACAAAAUUGUGGCUCUGUGCCAAGAUAGUAGUACCCUACUGAAGUUGGCAGAAACAAUGAAACACUAGACUAAAUAACACCCUUAUAUACAUAUUGCACCAGCAAGGGAACCUCUAAGGAGUUGGUUGACUGUAGCAAGGGAGCCUCUAAGUACUUGAACUGCUUUGCUAGGAAUAACAGGCAAAUCUCCCUACCAUCUUAAAAAGGAAUGCUAUCAUAAGCAAUAUUGUCCCCGAUAUAUAUAUAAAGGAGUGACUGGGUUACCAUUUAUAAUCAUAAAGUUAAAUAACAAUAAUACCUUUCAGUAAACUCUUUCGGGAGUUGACUUAGCCCUUCAACCAUCCAGGGACCACAAAUAUAAGGAUUAGUCAUGUACUGAGAUUGAUUCAAGCAACUAUAUCUUUCCCCUCUUAUUAUUUUCAAUUCAUGUCCCUGUACCAAUAUUAAUGAUAACUGGGACAUAGCACACCACCAGUUCAUGAGCUGAAGCUUUCGACCCUUCGGACUGUGAGCUGGUAGCCCCCUACUCAUGUUGGUUCAGUAAGCUGUGAUAUUUAUAAAUAAUGUUAUAGGGAAACUGAUUUUGUGACAAGAUACAAUAGGAAACAAGUUAUAAAUUGCAUCCCCUGCAUUAUCACUCAACCUGCUAGAAAUAGCAACCAAAAUCUCCCUUAAAUUAUACCUUGCCAUCUUAAAAAAAAACCAGAAGAAUACAUUGGAUAAUAUUGUCCUAGAUGUACAAUGCUUAAGAGAAGGAUAGUCUGUUCAUAUAGUCCUUGAUACACUAUGCCUGAAGUUAAAACAAGACUGUUACAGCAUUAUGGUUUGAAUAUCGUUGACCCAAUCAGAAGUGACCUGUGGUUAAACAGUGAUUAAAACUAUAUAAAGAAACUUUUGAAAGAUUUUUUUGUUGAUAAAAUGAAUAUUGAUCUUAAACCUUAUUGGUUCAUUAUAUCAUCUUUGAAACAUUUGGUUUUGAACGCAGAUGCUUGACAGCAAGUCAACCAUGAAAGAACUUGACAAAAGUCAAGUCAAGACUGGAAAAAAAAAAAUACCUUCUCUCGGCUACUGAUUACAAUAUGGAAUCGGCUGAUGCUAUAAGGCACAAGUGGGGUGAAAAUGGGACAACCAAGUAUCAAAACUUGGUUGCAAAAUUGUAUCUUGUAUCUUGGAUCUCUAAGAUGUGGUCACUUUUAUAUUUUUUUUUAAUUAGUUGUUUAAAUUUAUUAUUCAGACAAGUUGAUGUAACUCAUAUCUAUGUUCUUUAUAACAUUUUUGCUAAAUUUAUAAAAGAAAAUAUAACAUUCUUUUUAAAUAUUAAAUUCAAUAAAAAGGGUUAAAAAAAAAACAAAAAACAACAUAUUUACCUUAGAUCUUUCUGCA